AUGGCCCCUCCGGGCCCGGCCGGCGCCCACCCCACCCCGGCCGAGCCGCUGCCCCGCAGCAUCUUCCGGAAGUUCCUGCUGAUGUUGUGCUCCUUGCUCACGUCCCUGUACGUCUUCUACUGCCUGGCCGAGCGCUGCCAGACCCUGUCCGGCCCCGUCGUGGGGCGGCCGGGCGGCGGCGAGCGGGCGGGGGCCCCGGGUCGCGGCGUCGCGGCGGGAGGCCCCGGGGAGCUGGCGGCGUGGCCCGCGGGCGCGCGGAGGAAGCGCCUCCUGCAAGCGCAGCCGUGGCCCAGGCGCCGGCCGCCCGCGCCGCGCGCCGACGGCGAGGAGGCAGCCUGGGAAGACGAGCCGCCCGGCCUGGCGGGGAGUCCCGGCGGCUCCGGGGCCGGGAGCAGCGUGGCCGAGACCCCGCCGGGGACCCUGGCCCUGCUGCUGGACGAAGGCAGCAAGCAGCUGCCGCAGGCCAUCAUCAUUGGCGUGAAGAAGGGCGGCACGCGGGCGCUGCUCGAGUUCCUGCGCGUGCACCCCGACGUGCGCGCCGUGGGCGCCGAGCCCCACUUCUUCGACCGCAGCUACCACAAGGGCCUCGCCUGGUACCGGGACCUGAUGCCGAGGACCCUGGACGGGCAGAUCACCAUGGAGAAGACGCCCAGCUACUUCGUGACGCGCGAGGCGCCCGCGCGCAUCUCGGCCAUGUCCAAGGACACCAAGCUCCUGGUGGUGGUGCGGGACCCGGUGACCAGGGCCGUCUCGGACUACACGCAGACGCUGUCCAAGCGGCCCGACAUCCCCAGCUUCGAGAGCCUGGCCUUCAGGAACCGGACGGCGGGCCUGGUGGACCGGUCGUGGAGCGCCAUCCAGAUCGGCCUGUACGCCGAGCACCUGGAGCGCUGGCUGCGCCACUUCCCCGCCCGCCAGAUGCUCUUCGUGAGCGGCGAGCGCCUGGUGCGCGACCCGGCCGGCGAGCUGGGCCGCGUGCAGGACUUCCUGGGCCUCAAGCGCAUCAUCUCCGACAAGCACUUCUACUUCAACCAGACCAAGGGCUUCCCCUGCCUGAAGAAGGCCGAGGGCAGCGGCCGCCCGCACUGCCUGGGCAAGACCAAGGGCAGACCCCACCCCGAGAUCGCCGGCGAGGUGCUGCGGCGGCUGCGCGACUUCUACCGGCCCUUCAACCGCAAGUUCUACCAGAUGACGGGCCACGACUUCGGCUGGGACGGAUGACCUUAUAAUUUAAAAAGAAAAAAAUAUCAGAAGAUAAUAUAUUUUUUUACCAGGCGGUUAGAGAAGAGGCAGUUUAAUAUGUGCGCUGCUGCUAUGUGUGUCAGUAUUUUUUCCAUGAAUGUUAAAGAGAUUGUUCACACCUCCCCCUCACCGUCAUGUACAAGCGACAGCAAACAUUUGGAUAAGCAAAAAAAGGACACCUGCACGCAUCUAAAUUCUUUCCACGUUCCAUUUUCACUUUAUGUUUUAUAUGCAUAACGAUGAUGUAAGAGCGU